AUAAAAAAGAUGAUUGAAUGUACAAUUUAGUUUUUGUAGCUGGGUGUAAAACAUGAAAAUUGCUCCUUUCCUGUUUUUCAUAGUUUGUCUUUUUGCAACUGUGUUUUGUGAAAAUUGGAAGGAAGUAUUCCUAGCUAAAGCUGCUGAUCAGAAAAUCACAGGAGUUAGUGAACAAUGUGCAAAUGACACUGAAACGUGGCAGAAGUCUUUGAAAAUGGUGGCUGAGUUAUCUGCAGAAUGUUUAAUUGAGCAAAAGUGUACAAAGGAGGAAUUGAAAACGAUCGAAGAUAAUUUUUAUGCGGUUGAACAAUACGAUGCUUGGGGUAAAAUCCCGCUAACUGGGCUAUUCCAGCUCCCAAUAUUAUUUGAUGGGUCUUAUCAAGAAUGUGAGCGGAUAAGUGGGAAGAAGUAUGCGACAAAUUAUUGCUAUAUGGUUUUGAUGCCAGGAAAAAAUGCGACGUGUCACAUGUCAGAUGGUUUACCAACUACAUUUUUCUUCCGGGGAGCUGUUUGCAUGCCAUACUCCUGCAGUGAACAAGAUCUUCCAACAGUCUAUAAUCAAGUCUCCGAUCAACCAUUCACUGCGUGUGCAGCAUUUUGUUCAAGCUACCCCGUUAAGAAAACUCCCGCAUUUUGGGGAUUCACUUCUUUUAUGGCUGUGAUGAUUGGUAUUGCUUUGUUGGCAACAGUUAUUGAUUAUUUGAAAGAUGCGCUGAAAAAAGAGGAUGAGAAAAGGGAGGAUAGUCGAAUUCUGCAAAUCCUUCUAACAUUUUCAUUAUGGACUAAUGCAGAGCUGCUAUUGAGUGUGAAAGAGCAAAAACCAGGAUUUAUAAAAUGUUUGGAUUGUAUUCGAUUCCUAUCUAUGCUGUGGGUUGUUACAGGACACACAUUUUCUUAUUUAACAACUCCAGACCAAAUCGAAUCGAUUCUCCCAUUCUUCGGUCGAUUCUGGAAUCAUCUUGUUAUGAAUGCAUUCUACUCAGUGGAUACAUUUUUCUUAUUAUCAGGACUCGUUGUUUCAUAUCUCUUUUUCAAAACCAAACUCAAAGUAUCUCAAAUCAAAAGCCCAAUCACAUGGAUCCUUUUCUACGUGCAUAGAUAUCUCCGAUUGACUCCUCCACUAAUGUUUUUCCUUGGAUUCUUUGUGGUUUAUGGCAAAUAUUUUCAAGGUCCCGGGGUAGCAUCACAAUUGAAUCAACAAAAUGGCGAAGUGGAUACUUGUCAAACAUACUGGUGGAAAAAUUUGAUCUACAUUAACAAUCUUAUGUCGGGUGAUACCCAGUGCUACGGAAUCACAUGGUACCUGGGAGCAGACACUCAGCUUUACCUAGUUGCUCCAAUUUUCCUUAUCGGGCUGUAUUUCUCGUUUGCCAUUGGAACAGCACUCCUUACCGCAGCUACAAUCGGAAGUGUUAUCACAGUAUAUAUUUUGUUCAGCACCUACGAUCUACCUGCAGACUUUUUCGGAAAUGGUGAUGCGACCCACUUCUACGACAUGAUUUAUAUAAAGCCUUGGAUCAGAUGUCCCCCAUAUUUUGUCGGGAUACUUGUCGGGUAUUUACUUGCAACUUAUGGAAAAAGGAAGCUUCGAUUGAAUUGGGCACUUGCAGUAACUGGAUGGAUUGUGGCUUUUUCAUUGGGAGCAUUGUGUAUAUUCUCAACUUAUGAUUACGAUAAUAAAGUUAAAUGGAGUAUCUUCUCCCGUGCAACCUACUACAACUUCUCCCGUCUGGCCUGGUCUUUUGCACUCUCCUGGGUUAUUGUUGCUAACCAUAUGGGAUGGGGAGGCCCCAUUGACGCCUUCAUGUCCCAUCCAAUGUGGCAACCAUUUGGAAGACUUUCUUAUUGUGCCUACAUUGUUCAUUACGUUGUGUUAUACAUGUACCUGAUGAUUGGAGACGCCAGUAUUCAUUUUUAUUCCAGUUUUCAAAUUUUCAUGUAUUACGCUGUUCCAACAACCGUACUGUCCUAUAUUUUUGCAUUUUUCUGGAGUUGCCUAUUCGAAAUUCCAUUUUUAAAACUCGAAAAAAUGCUGAUCGAAUUGAUAAUUGGAGGAGCCAGAGAUCGGAAUCGGGAAGAUAUUGAGAAGCAGAAGACACUUCUUAAAACCAAAGAGAAUGAGUUGUGGGCUGUGGAAGAAACUGUACAAUCUACAAAUGAAAAGUUUUAGGAAACCUAUUUUUAAAUAUUUUUGUACAUAAAGUUUUAGAUUGUUUUA